UGUCGACUCAGCGCCAGCAUUAGAUUAGAGUGUCAGUGAUGUAUUAACGAUGUCGACGUGUGUGUGCUUAGUGUCGUUACUGCUGCUGCUGCUAUCAGGAUACGAAGCUUCCAGGAAGUACGUGGAUGACUUCUAUUACGGCACCUUUCCUGACGGGUUCCUGUGGAGCACUGCGACAGCGGCCUACCAAAUAGAAGGGGCCUGGAACGAAGACGGGAAAGGUCCCAGCAUUUGGGAUGUGUACGUGAGGGAACCUGGGAAGAUUGUGGGCGGCGCCACGGGCGACAUCUCCUGCGACAGCUACCAUAAGUACCAGGAGGAUGUACAGCUACUCAAAUCACUGGGGGUGUCCCACUACCGGUUCUCAAUAUCAUGGCCACGGGUGAUGCCUUAUGGGAGUGGUACUGUCAUCAACCAAUCAGGACUGGACUACUAUAACAGACUAAUUAACGAGCUCCUUGCAAAUGGAAUCCAACCAAUGGUAACGAUGUACCACUGGGACCUUCCUCAAGCCGUUGAGGAUAUCGGGGGCUGGUUGAACGGAGACAUCGUCGAUCUCUUCACCGGCUACGCCAAGCUGUGCUUCAAAACCUUUGGUGAUCGAGUUAAGUUCUGGAUUACAUUCAAUGAACCCGUGGUUGUGGCUGUCGGUGGCUACGGUGACGGAACAAAAGCCCCGGGACUCAACAAACCCGGCACCUACCCCUACGUCGUGGCCCACAACAUCAUCAAGAGCCACGCCAGCGUCUACAGGCUGUACGACCAGGAGUUCAGGGCAUUUCAGAAAGGUCAGGUAGGUAUAACUCUGAGUAUGGUGUUCAACCAGCCCAAAGACCCCAGCAGUGCAGCUGAUCGGGAAGCAGCGGAACGGGCCAAUCAGUUUGAACAUGGCUGGUUUGCUCAUCCAAUCACUGUGAACGGCGAGUACCCGGAUGUGAUGAGAUCCCAGGUGGACAUGAAGAGUAGACAGGAAGGCCUCACCACGUCCAGACUCCCGCACUUCACAGAUGACGAGAAGAGGUGGAUCAACGGCACCGCCGACUUCUUGGGACUGAACUACUACACGUCGAGCCUGACGUCCCCCAAGGUCAUGCCAUACAACCCCCCGAGCUACCACGCAGACCAGGAUGUGUUCUCCGAAAAGGACCCUAAAUGGCCCAAAUCCGGGUCCUCGUGGUUGCGGUACACACCAAAAGGAGCACGUGCCGUGUUGAAUUGGCUUAAGGUGACGUACGACAACAUGCCCAUCUAUGUUACCGAGAACGGCGUGUCCGACAACAACGGCAGCUUGCACGACUUCUACAGAGUCAACUACUACAGAGACUAUCUGGAUGAGAUGUUGAAGGCUGUCCGUCUCGAUGAGUGUAAUCUGAAGGGCUACACGUCAUGGUCUUUGAUGGACAACUUCGAGUGGACUCGGGGAUACUCGGAGAAGUUCGGCCUUCAUUACGUCAACUUCUCGGACCCUGCGAGACCACGCAUACCAAAAGAUUCGGCUAAAUUCAUCACUCAAGUGAUUGCAGAUAAUGGCUUUAAACCACCGAUAUCUGAGAAACAAUCUUUAUGAUUCAUUUAACAAUAAAAGCUCUCAGAUCCUGUUAACACAAUAAGUUGGUAGUCUUCUGCUGUUGCUGCUACCAUUGCUGUUACCGUUGCUGUUGCUACUACCUGUUUUGUCACAUCUCCCACAACUGUUGCUGACUCAAUAAACAAUGACCAAAUGAA